UGUCAACCACUUCAUUGUCUUUCCUCUGUUUGGCGCUUGGUCGACCAUAAUCACCUUCAAAGUCCUCAGAUGGAAGCGACUGACAGUCCCGCCUCCUCUCCUGCCAAACGCGAACAUGUCAGCCAAAUUUGUGGGUCAAUUUUCUCCAAGGGAGGGACCAUUCAACGACUGCCACGGUCUCAAGAAGAGUUCGAUGAUAUUGUGAAUGCGACUGGUGUUCCGCACGUCUUUAAACUCCACGACCUGACACAACUCGCCCGGUUACUCGACUGCCGCCAUGCCCUGUUGAUACGUCGUCCACCGGGAUGGGGGCUCGACUUAUUCGCGUCUAUGGUUUCAGCUGCAUUCGACCAGGAUUAUAAUCUACGCGAUGACCCAUUCAAAGUCUUACUCGGGGAAGAGCUGGACUCAAUACCGUGGAACCACCACCUCCACGACUUUUUUGUUUUGGACUUGGACUUCAGUCGCCUCCCUGCGAGGGAAGAUUUUCGGACUGAAUUCCAAGUAUAUCUUGAGAAGAAGUGUCAAGAGAUGCUUUAUCGUUAUCGGCUUGAAAAGCGCGUUGCCUUACCAGGCAUCCAUGAGGUCUCGAAGGAUGAACCAGAAGAAUUUAUUUCGUCACUCGCAUAUGCUCUUCAGCUUCUCUUUUCCGGACCACUGCUUGUCAUUAUCAGGAAUUUCGACAGCCCAACGACCAACUAUCCAGACGGUUAUGAAGUCUUGAAUCCCUUCCUGAACCGACUACAAUGUGAAGUCAAGACUGAGCUAAUAGGCUCUCUACUCCUCCUCUCCAGCUGGGACGAUGGCUCGGUAUAUAGCUGUAUGGGCCGGCCUCCAUUAUCCUUGAUCAAACGGCGCAAACCUGGCCUCCAACCUCUUGAUCUCCCUUAUACCCUCGACCUGACUCAUGACCCUGUUUUCCAAACGGCCAUUGGUAUAUCACGACAAGAGGUCAACGCUCUCGACGAAGCAUUUGGCCACCUCAAACCCUGUGAUUCCACGCAUAUACUCAAAAUGAUGGACAAGCAUGGCACGACUUCUGUGUUCGCCGAUAUUUUGCCUCGGACACAUCAAUGCCCGCCACUCGACGAAGACGGAGGUUGGUUGGCGAGUGAGGUAGAUCCGUUGGCAGAAUUGGAUCGUUCUCGGGAGCAUGAGGGUACCUAUCCAGCGCAGUUUGUGAUGAAAGUCUUUGCUCUCAAAUACGGUUUGGCCAGUGACCACGGAUCUCUCUAG